GACCAUCACUCCGGUCUGCAUCACAGCCUGUCAACUGCAAGUCUCCCGCGCCGCACCCCGAGCUUUCGCGCCCUCAUGGCCGGGCCUAACUCGAGCGCCGGCUCGCUGUCGCCCGCCUCGCUCCUGUCUUCGCCCCAGCUCGCCGCCAUUGGUGACCUCACCCCGCUCCCCUCGCCUGUCAACGGGCUGUCGCCCUGGCGCACGAUCCCGCGCUCCGACUCACAAUUGCUCUCGCGAUCGCCCUCCGGUGCCUCGCGAUCAGGUUCAAGUCUCAGCCUGCGCGCCAGCGACCUGGCGCCCUCCACCUCGCGAUCGCGCAUGAAGCCCUACCCGGGUCUGGAUAAAUUGGGAGAGGAGUCGUCCCCCACCACGCUCGACACAUCCACUACUACACCUGUCGCCUCUUCUUCUUCUUCUUCUCCUUCUACCGCGACGCGUCGACACUCGCGCAAUCGCAGUCUGAGCGAGUACGUGCCCCCCGCGCGCAGUGUGCCCUUGCACCCGCGGCCGGUCGCCGUCUCCGGUACGGGGCCCUCGUCGGGCAUCGUCUCCUCCUCGAGCACUGACUCCACGUCCAACACCAACGCCCUGCAUCGGGAACAGUACCUGGCGGUUCAGCGCGGCAUCACCAUCGCCACCGCUAGGCCUCCGACCCCGCCACGCAGCGCCCACAGCGGCUCGGAAGCCACCGAUGAUGACGAGCCGGUCAUCAGACAUCAUCCGUCGCAGAAUGGGGUCGAGGAGAUCUACUCGGUGCGUUCCAUUCGCACCAACCAACCGCGCAAGUACCGUAAACUGCGCCAGCUCGGUCAGGGCACUUUCAGCCAGGUCAGUUUGGCCGUACGCAUCGAAGCCGCGGGUGAACGCAAUCACUCUCAUCAUCACUCCUCCCAUCAUUACAACCAUCACAACCACCACCACCAACAACACUCGAAUGGAGUUCCCAAGAUUCCCUCGUCGCUGCCACCGAAACUGGUCGCCGUGAAGAUUAUCGAGUCCGGCCCGGCCGGCGGCGCCGACGAAGAACGGGUCGAGGUUUCUCUAAAGCGUGAAGUCGACAUUCUCAAGUCGGUCAACCAUCCGUCACUUGUGCAACUGAAAGCGUUCGGCAGCGAUGAGAAGCGCGCCCUGCUUGUGCUCGACUACUGUCCUGGCGGAGACCUCUUCGACUUUGCCUCGUCGGGGUUGAAGCCUAUGAGCCCCGCCCUCAUUCGUCGUAUCUUCGCAGAACUCGUAGCCGCCGUUCGAUAUCUGCAUUCCCACUUUAUCGUCCAUCGCGAUAUCAAACUGGAGAAUGUGCUCGUCACUCUCCCUCCUGCGGCCAUGGAAAAGAUCACCGACUGGCGCACCUACGACCGGGCCGUGGUCACGCUCAGCGAUCUGGGUCUUUCCCGCCGCAUCCCCGAACCCCCGGAGAGCGCCCUGUUGCAGACGCGCUGCGGGAGUGAAGACUACGCCGCGCCAGAGAUCCUCAUGGGCCAGCCAUACGACGGCCGCUCAACGGAUGCCUGGGCACUUGGCGUCCUGUUAUAUGCGAUGAUGGAGAACCGCCUCCCCUUUGAUGUGCUGCCCGGCACGCGCGGCGACCCGGCCAAGCUCCGCGCCCGCACAGUGCACCGCAUCGCUCGCCUGGAAUGGUCAUGGUACCGCUUCGCGGAUGCCGACGGCGACUGGGACCCAGCCAAGGGCGCCGAGCUCGAGGCGGCGCGCGAGUGUGUCGAGGGUCUCCUGAAGCGGAACACCCGGCGCAAGACUCUCGGCGAGAUCGCCGCCCUCGACUGGGUGCGCGAGGCUAUCGAUGUGCCGACGGGGUUGAAACGCGGUGACCAAGAGGUUCCUUGA